UUUCUACUUUCAACUCCCUCCUGCAUCUCCGGUCUCUCUACCUUUAAGGAGAACAGAACCUCCAUCCAACCAGCUCAAAUCCAUAUCCAAGCAAACCACCCUGAUGUCAGCACAAGAAUACUUCGGCGGGUCUCAGCAGCCCAAGCGGGAGGAAACACACACUCCUGGUCCCUGGUCUUCAUCGACACCAGGCCCGGACACUCCUCGCACUGGCGCCUACAGUCCCUACCCACCAUCUCAGCCCAACUACGAGAAUUACUACCGUCCCAACUCGAACCCCAGCCAGAAUUACUAUGCUCCCUCACCGGAUCCCACCCGGACUCACAGUCCCUACCAAACGAUGCCUGCUCAUCCGUCGUUUGCUGGUGGACCCUCUCCCUCCCCCUCCCUAGGCGGCGAUGGGUACUCCCAGCAGCAGGCCUACGGACAGCAGCAGCAGCAGCAACCCCCAUACCCUCACCACGGAGGGCCUCCCAACCCAUCAUACCCUUAUCCCCAGCAAGAGGGAGGUAACCAAUCCUACGGCAACGACCGCCCAUACUCUCCGUACCCACCCACGACGGCCGACAACCAAUCCAACGCCCCCUACAACCAGCUACCGGGAGGACCCCAACAACCCCCACCCUACACCUCCAACCCCAAUCUUCCGCCAGGCGCCACAGACGACCAAGACCGCGGCUUCCUAGGCGCCGUCACCGGCGGUGCAGCGGGCGCCUUCGCAGGCCACAAGGUCAACCACGGCUUCCUGGGCGCGAUCGGCGGGGCGCUCACGGGCUCCGUCGCCGAAGACGCCGUCAAAAAACACCGCAAGAAGAAGGAGGAAGAAGAGAAAGAAGCCCUCCGCCGACAGCAUGAGGCCAUGAAGGAGCAGCAGCGCCGCGAGCAUGAGGCCAUGAAGGAGCAGCAGCGCCGCGAGAAGGAAGAGCGCAAGAUGCAGCGCCGCGCCAAUCGCCACAACCGCCACUCGAGCUCGUCGUCUUCUUCCUCCUCGUCUGACGACGACCACCACCACCGCAAGCACCACGGGAAGCACUGCGGUGGCGGCACCUACCGCGGGAAUUUCUCCGGCUCCUCUCGCGACAUCCGGCUUGAGGGGUAUCACGAGCUCGUGGCGUACUGCGGCGAUGUCAACGGCCACCAGCAUCGGUCCUCGAUCCCGUUGAACGACGUGCUGACCAACUCCUGGGGCGAGUUAAAGUGGGCCCGCCACGGCAACUUCGCGGCCUCGGCUAGUAAUGUGCAUCUGGAGGAUGGGGGUCGCGUGCUGGUGGCGGAUCUCGGGGAUGGCAAUGCCGGGUGGAAGAGGAGCUUCAUUCGCUUGGAUGAGAGGAUCUCGAACCAGAACGGGCGGUUGGUGUUCCUGGACUAGAUCAUAAUCAAAGCAAAUGAAGGGCGAAAUGCGCGUAGUAACGGAAAGUGAGACUUUGUUCUGACGGUCAUUUAUUGAAAUGCUAGCGUUGUCUUAUCUUGCUUUAUCGAGCUUAAUGCAGUCUCAUUCUGAAUCCAUCUUUUCCGACUUUAAGGAGAC